ACAACGGAGGAUGAGAAAGCGAGAGCGAAGGAGGGCUACUGGAGAGUCGCCAAAAUCAGCGGUGUUGUCGGAUGCGUGGACGGCACCCAGAUCGCCAUCAAGGGCCCGUCUGAGAACGACCCGCGGUUUACCAAGGCUGCCUACUGGUGCAGGAAAAACUACUAUGCGCUGAACGCAAUGAUUGUUUGCGAUGCUGACCUCUGCAUUCAGAGCAUCGAUGCCACCUUCCCUGGCUCUGUCCACGAUUCAUUUGUCUGGCGAAUGUCCUUCCUGAGGGAGGCAUUCCUGCAAGGACACGCCGUGCGAGAAAAUGAGUGCCUACUUGGUACUUAG